AUAAAAUGAUUGUUAGUAAAUAUAAGGAUGAAUCUGUAAAUAGAGAUAAUAAAAGGGUGGAAUCUGUACAAUUACCCAAAGUAAUGGACGUACCGGUCUAACCGGUGCGUCUGUCGGCGAGAAUCACGCUGUAAAAAUCUAAAAUCGCAAAAUAAAAAAAAUAAAAAAAUUAAACCAAACGAAUAACAGAAAUGAUCAGACGAGGAGAAGCGCACCGGAAGAACCAUAGAGUCGAUCAACCUAAAGCUUAGAAUGAACGGUGAGUUGACUUCUCUCCGAUAUUGACCCAAUCAUCUCUCGCCACGUCAUAGGUUUAUUGCGUCUCCAGUAAUCCAUCACCUUCUCUGUCUCUCCCCCCAUCGAAAAACCUAAUUCGAUCGCCGCCGCCUCCGAUCUACAUCCGCCGCCGGCGAAUCCCCCGGGAAAAACUUUACAAUGGAUUUCAGAAUUGAUAAUGGUGAAGCCGCUGCUGGUAUGAUGAUGGGACAUAAUGAGAUGGGUGAAAGCUCCGGUCAAGCAAUGAUUGAGCAAGAUGAUGAAAACCAUAACGAGAUUGGUGAACACUCUGGUGAAGAAAUGACUCUUGAGCAAGAUGAGAAGGUAGAUCCGGAUUCUAUCCCUCUGGAAGUUGCAGAUAUGGCGGAUGAGCCUUUUGUUGGACAGGAGUUUGAAUCUGAAGCAGCGGCACACGGGUUUUAUAAUGCUUACGCUACGAAAGUAGGGUUCGUCAUCCGUGUUAGUAAACUGUCACGGUCAAGGCAUGAUGGGUCUCCUAUAGGAAGGCAACUUGUUUGUAACAAGGAAGGGUACAGGUUGCCUAGCAAGCGUGACAAGGUUAUUAGACAAAGAGCGGAAACAAGGGUUGGAUGUAGAGCAAUGAUCUUGAUUAGGAAAGAAAGUUCUGGUAAAUGGGUUAUCACCAAGUUUGUCAAGGAGCAUAAUCAUCCUUUGAUGCCUGGAAGGGUUCGAAGAGGUUGCAUCUAUGAUCAAUAUCCGAAUGAGCAUGACAAAAUCCAGGAGCUGAUGCAGCAGCUAGCUGCAGAGAAAAAGAGAGCCGCUACUUACAAAAGGCAUCUGGAGAUGCUCUUUGAACAUAUCGAACAGCACAAUGAAGGCCUUACUAAAAGAAUCCAACACAUAGUAGACAAUGUGAGGGAUCUGGAACAGAGAGAUCAUCAACAGAACCAAGCAUAGUCGUUUUUUUUGGUCUCAGGUUCUUCUUCCUUGUUCAUUUUUCACCAGUUUGAUUUAGGAGAUAGAUCUUCUCUUCUGUAUUCCCUAUAUCCUCUCUUUUAAUAAAGAUUUUUCUUGUCAAAAGACAAAAGAGCUUGCAAUUGCCUUCAACAAAGUUUUGUUCUGAUGCUGCAUAGGCAUAA